AUGCAUAAAAAAUCAGUUCUCUACUUUUUUACUAUUGCUCUUCUCGCCUCCUCUUCUCUUUCCAGUCCAAUCGAAACCGGUGAAAAUGGAAAAGUUGUAGAACGUCGCCGUUACGAUGAAGAUUAUAAUAAGAGAGGUUAUAAAUCUGAAGUGAAGAGAGGAGACGACGAUUACGAUUACGACAACGACAAGAAAUAUGAUGACUAUAAUAAAUAUGACGACAAGAAAGACUACGAUUACGACUACGACCAUAAAUAUGACGACAAGAAAGACUACGACUACAAAUAUGACGACCAUAAAUAUGACGACAAGAAAGACUACGACUACGACUACGACAAGAAAUAUGAUGAUAAGAAAGAUUAUAAUAAGAGAAGCUAUAAAUAUAAAGUGAAGAGAGGAGACGACGAUUACGAUUACGACAACGACAAGAAAUAUGAUGACUAUAAUAAAUAUGACGACAAGAAAGACUACGAUUACGACUACGACAAGAAAUAUGACUAUAAUAAAUAUGACGACAAGAAAGACUACGACUACAAAUAUGACGACCAUAAAUAUGACGACAAGAAAGACUACAAAUAUGACAACUACAAGUAUUAA